UUUCAGAGAUCAGUUUCAUUCCAGGACCUAACUGUGAACUUCACCCAAGAGGAAUGGCAGCAACUGGACCCUGCUCAGAGGCUCCUGUACAGGGAUGUGAUGCUGGAGAACUACAGCAACUUGGUCUCUGAAAAUGUAAAUUCACAAGUCCAAGAAGUUUAAUGAACCCCAAGCAGAAUAAAAAUGAAGAGCACAACAAGACACCAAAUUUCAAGACAUAAAGAAAUUACAGCUGUCACUUUCACUGUGCUUAAUUGGUCGCACAGACCAACCAUGAUGUGGUGCGGAAGGGAAUCACACAGAAGCAUGAAUACCAGGAGGUGGAGACCUCUGGAGCCAUACAUAUCAGAGGCUAGCUACCACAGGUGGCCACCGUAAGAAUGGAGCAGUUUCAAGAAAGAGGUUGGUGCCAUUUGUCGUGUUGCUAAGCACACAUAUCCCAGGAGCUGGAAGAGCUGGAGAAGAUCCUGGGGAAACAAGAGCAGAGCAGCCACAGGCUUGUCUACUGAGCCACACCAACAAGAACCAGCAGAGUCUCACCCUGUUGCCCAGGCUGGAGUGCAAUGGUGUGAUCUCAGCUCACUGUAAUCUCUGCCUCCUGUGUUCAAGUGAUUCUCCUGCCUCAGUCUCCUGAGUAGCUGGAAUUACAGGAGCCUUUUAAUGAGCUACCUUCCCUGAUGUCAGGACUGAAACUUGAGAAACAAGUUUCUCUGAAAUCUCUGGAUCAUCUUAUGUUCUGGCAGUUUCUACCUUCUGUUAAUGAAGGACAAGUCAUCUCUUUCCAACUGGAUGGGAGACAGAAGUUUCACACAAAGACAUAGAUCAAUACAUGUAAGGAAUAUAUUGACUCGGCCUGGAAAGGGGAGACAUCUCAAAGAGUGGAGGAGCUUACAGGUCACAGUGUUCCCCUGCACAAAGCGUAAACCGGCCGGGCUCGGUGGUUCACACCUGUAAUCCCAGCGCUUUGGGAGGCCAAGGCGGGCGAAUCACGAGGUCAAGAAAUCGAGAUCAUCCUGGUCAACAUGAGUUUGACUCAUUUCAUCGACAACAACUAUUAUUCUGAGGCAAAAUCAGAAGAAAGGGAGAGAGGGUCCUUGAGAGGAGAGAAUGUGCCAGGAGCACAGAUUUCUUUUGUCCCAACAUGCAAAGGGAGAAUUUGAGCAAAAAGACUUCAAGCAUCUUGCAGAGGUGAUAGGCCUCUAUACAAGACUUUAAACUCCUACAGAUGUGGACUUGAACCAGCAUGAUCUAAUUAUUCUGGCUAUUGACUCCUCAUCAGUGUAAUGGCAGCCAUAAGUCCUGGACAGAGGCACCAAUAACAGACUUAAAGAGAGCCACAUCAAGAAUGAACUGCCAUUCACAAUUGCUACAAAGAGAACAGAAUACCUGGGAAUACAACUAACAAAGGAUGUAAAGGACCUCUUCAAGGAGAACUACAAACCACUGCUCAACAAAAUAAGAGAGGACACAAACAGAUGGAGAAACAUUCCAUGUUCAUGGUUAGGAAGAAUCAAUGUCGUGAAAAUGGCCAUACUACCAAAAGUAAUUUACAGAUUCAACGUUAUCCCCAUCAAGCUACCAAUGACCUUCUUCACAGAACUGGAAAAAAACCACUUUAAACUUCAUAUGGAACCAAAAGAGAACCCACGUAGCCAAGUCAAUUCUAAGCAAAAAAAAAAAAAAACCAAAGUGGGAGGCAUCACACUACCAGACUUCAAAGUAUACUUCAAGGCUACAGUAAUCAAAACAGCAUGGUAUUGGUACCAAAACAGAGAUAUAGACCAAUGGAACAGAACACAGGCCUUGGAGGCAACACCACACAAUCUACAAUCAUCCGAUCUUUGACAAACCUGACAAAAACAAGCAAUGGGGAGAGGAUUCCCUGUUUAAUAAAUGGUGUUGGGAAAACUGGCCAUGUGCAGAAAGCAGAAACUGGACCCCUUCCUGACACCUUACACUAAAAUUAACUCCAGAUGGAUUAAAGACUUAAACAUAAGACCUAACACCAUAAAAACCCUAGAAGAAAACCUAGGCAAAACCAUUCAGGACAUAGGCAUAGGCAAGGACUUCAUGACCAAAACACCAAAAGCAUUGGCAACAAAAGCCAAAAUAGACAAAUGGGACCUAAUUAAGCUCCACAGCUUCCGCACAGCAAAAGAAACAGUCAUUAGAGUGAAUCGGCAACCAACGGAAUGGGGAAAAAUUUUUGCAAUCUACCCAUCUGACAAAGGGCUGAUAUCCAGAAUCUACAAAGAACUAAAACAGAUUUACAAGAAAAAAACAAACGAGCCCAUUCAAAAGUGGGCAAAGGGCAUGAACAGAGACUUUACAAAAGAAGACAUACUUGAGGCCAACAAACAUAUGAAAAAAUGCUCAUCAUUACUGGUCAUUAGAGAAAUGCAAAUCAAAACUACUUUGAGAUACCACCUCACACCAGUUAGAAUGGCAAUCAUUAAAAAAAUCUGGAGACAACAGAUGCUGGAGAGGAUGUGGAGAAAAAGGAACACUUUUACACUGUUAGUGGGAGUGUAAAUUGGUUCAACCAUUGUGGAAGACAGUGUAGUGAUUCCUCAAGGACCUAGAAAUAGAAAUUCCAUUUGACCCAGCAAUUCCAUUACUGGGUAUAUAUCCAAAGGAUUAUAAAUCGUUCUACUAUAAGGACACAUGCACACAAAUGUUCAUUGCAGCACUGUUUACAAUAUCAAAGACCUGGAACCAACCCAAAUAUCCAUAGAUGAUAGACUGGACAGGGAAAAUGUGGCACAUAUACACCAUGAAUACUAUGCAGCAAUCAAAAAUGAUGAGUUCGUGUCCUUUGUAGCGACAUGGAUGAACCUGGAAAUCAUCAUUCUCAGCAAACUGACACAAGAACAGAAAAUCAAACACUGCAUAUUCUCAUUCAUAGCUUUGCGUCUGAAGUGACACUGAUUGUAGGUGAAGAGCGUUCAAAUCCCCUACCUGGUGGGUUAUGAGGAAUUACGGCUCCAAACAAAAGUAGAGAUGACUUUGGACCACAAAUCCCCCAAAUAAGCCAGAAACUCUUCAGACCUUCCCUAAGGAAGGGGACGCGGAGACUUGUGGGAAACGGAGUCUGGAAUUUGAUGGAUCGUCCCGGGAGGGCCCGGGGGACCGGUCCUUGGCAGCCCCGUCUGCGCAUGUGCAGUUCUUCCUCAUUGUUCCUUACUCCAGUCUCCGAUCGGCGUGGAGCCUCCUUGUCUACGCGUAACUCAGCGAUCAGGUCCUUCACGAAAGAUGUGCUCUGCAGUUGCCAGGUGGUGCUGAUGCUGCUGGUCUGGAGUCCACACUGAAGGUCACUGUUGUAGGAGAUGGUGAACUCCAAGAAAGAGUUGGAACCCAGCUGAAGGUCCCAGUUAUCUGAAUUUAUUCCCCCUUCCCCCCAGUAAGGGUCACCCUGCUUCUGUGAGGAGGGGACAUCAGAAGCAGGAAUCCCACCUGGGAGGUCCCCACCCUCUCUGAUAAAAUGCACACAGCUGUGCCAAGGACAUCUGGGAAACAGAGAGAUCUCUAAGCGCUUGCUCUUGAAGCAAUUCCCGAUUCUUCCACUCUGAAUAACUCAGCAUCUUGGAGGUUGCCAAGAACCGUCGGUCAGCAAAGGUAUGGGCCAGCUGUCAAAGGACAGAGGUGAGAUGGACCGAGGAUGGUGAGCUGGGCCGAGGAUGGUGGGCAGGAGGCCGGCUGCAGGGGAGGAGGAACACCCAGUUGAGGACUGAUGGGGAAAAUACUAUCGCCAUUCCUCUCAGAAACUCCUCCCAUGCCCCUAAUGCUCCAGCCCUCUUCCUAGAUUCUGCAGAGCCCUCAAACCCCGCCCAUCUGCACAUCUGGAGUUUAGGGAUAUGCUACCCAUUACCUACUCUUGACUUUAUCGGAGUACUGGGAAGCUUUUCAGGGGUUAUGUAAAUGUGCCUCAUUUUAAAAGUGAAAAAUAUUAACUCAGUGCUUAAGUGCAUAGCUUCUGGGGCCAGACUGCACGGGUUCAAAGCCCAGCUCCACCACAUUGCUCAGUCUUCCCCUCGGGUUUCUCUUCUAUGAAAUGAAAGUCAUAAUAGUAGCUAUGCUUGGCUUUAUUUUAAAGAUUAUAUGAAAGAUGACCUACAAAGUGCUUAGAACAAGUCCUAUUAUGUAGUAACUACAAGUAUUGCCAGUAUUUUAAUAUUAUUAUAACUAAAUUAUUGUAAUCUAGGCUUGCAUUAUAUGUUAGUGGCAGAAUCAGAAAAAGAACCCAAGCCCCCUGACUCCUACGCCAUUGUCCACCUGUCUCAGUUAAGUCAAAACAAGUUUCUUAUUAAAAAAAAAUAUUUGGAGACACUGAAACCAGAGGAGAACAAACCUUUUCCUUUUUUAAAUAGUCUCCCUUAAAACACAAGUACUUUUGUUGUCACGGGUUCCUGUUAAUUCUUUAACCUCAAGGAAUUUAAAAUAUAAGUUGAAAAGUAAAUGAGCACACCUUUGUAAGGUUUUGGCUGUAUCAUUUCUUACGCUUUUUAUUAUGGAAAUAUUCACAACAUACAAAAGUCAAAUGAUAUAAUGACUCCCAGGUAUUUGUUACAGCUCCAGCAUUGGCCAAUUUUAUUUUAUCUGUAUACCACCCCCCAACACACACACACACACACACACACACACAUGUGCGCACACGCACACACACACUCGUGCACGCGCAUUUAUACACUUUCCCCAUUACUACCUGCCUCUGCUGGAUUAUUGUAAAGUAAAAUAUCAAUCAAUCAGACAUCAAAAACUUCAGUCCAUAAUAUGUGCGGUAAUAGGACAGGUGGCAUGACAUCUCAUCCUUUGUUGUAACAUGAUUGUUUAACCAGGUCUCUUUAGUUGGAUUUUGUGUGGUUUAUAUUUUUCUGCUACUAUAUCCAAGGAGGUUUGUAAGAAGCAAAUAUUUGCUUUCCCCAGUGAAAACCCUGAUUCUCUCAGCCUCCAGUGGUUCGAUCAGGGUUAUAAGAGUCCCCUCUGGAAACUUCUACCUGCCACUUCUGAAGGGUCAAAAGAAAUUUUCCCAUGGUUCAGCAAUUCACCAUCAGAUACAUGUGAAUUUCUAGGGACGUGGUAAGAAGAUCUUCAAAGUAGAGCAGAUUUCUCAUGAUUUCUUUGCUCCUACUCCCUCCUACAGCUCUGCCUUCACAGUUCUCUAAACUUUUCCAGGAUCAGAAGAAAAUGAACACAUCCCAGGGCUCAGUGCUGUUCGAGGAUGUAUCUGUGUACUUCACCCAGGAGGAAUGGCAGCUGCUGGACCCUGCCCAGAGGUUCCUGUACAGGGACGUGAUGCUGGAGAACUACAGGCACCUGGUAUCACUGGGGCACUGUGCUACCAAACCUGAGCUGAUAGUCAAGUUGAAGCAAGGAGACGAACCAUGGAUAUUAAAGAGAGAGCUACCAAGUCAGAGCCACUCAGAAGUCCAGAAAGUCAAUAACAUGAAAGAGACAAGUCAAGAAAAUAAAGACAAAUAUUUGAGGCAGGCUUUAUUCAUCAACAACAAAAUACUGACUAAGGAGAGAAGUAAAACCUUAAGGGAAGCAUUUAGUAUGGCCACAAACACAGGGCCCUCAAGAAAAAUAUCCCAUAAAUGUGACUCAUUUGGAACAAGCUUCAAAAGUGUUACAGAACUCAUUAUUAAUAAUAGAAACCAUGUAAGAAAAAAGUCAGUUGAUUUUAGUAGGUGUGACUUCCUUGAUAUUAAGCAUAAUAAAACUCAUUCAGAGAAUAAACCCUGUGAAAAUGAUCAAAAGAAGGAAUCCCACAGUCAUAAUGAGGAUUUUGUUCAACAUCAGAAGGAUUCACCUUUGGAGCAACUUCUUGUAUAUAAUAAUUGUGGGAAAGCCUUUCACAGAAAGACAGCCUUUCUUACACAUAAGAGAGCUCACACAGUAGAGAAACCUUCGGAAAGAAAUGAAUAUGGACAAGCCUUUAUCCCAAAGUUAAAGCUCAAUUCUUGUCCAAGAACCCUUAGGGAAAGAAAGCCACAUGAGCCCUAUAAAAAUGGGAAAUCUUCAUGCAUGAAGUCAAAACAUGCACAUCAAGAAAUUCACACAGGGAAGAAACACUCUGAAUGUAAUAAAUUUGGAAAAUUUAGCAAGAAAUCAAACUUUACCCAACAUCAAAGAAUGUACACAGGAGAAAAACCUGAUGAGUGUAAUGAAAAUGAGAAAGAUUUGAAGAAUUUAGACCAUACUCAAAAUGAGACAAUUCAUGCAGGAGAGAAAAUCUAUGAUUGUAAGAAAUGUGGGAAAUUCUUUCAUGAAAAAACGUGCCUUACUCAACAUCAGAGAAACCACGCAACAGGAAAACCCAGCAAGUGUAAUGACAGUGAAAGAGUCUUAAAGAAGGAAUCUUGCCUCACACUCAAUCAGAGAAUUAAAACAAGAGAGAGAAACUGCAAAGAUAAUAAAUGUGAGAAACCUUUCUUUGAGAAGUUGAAACACACUCAACAUCAGAGAAGGCACUCAGGGGAAAAAACCAAUGGAUGUAAUGAAAGUAGGGGUGCCUCAAGUAGGAAGUCACAACUCACACAACGCCAGAGAGCUAACAAAAAAGAGAAAACCUAUGACUGUAAUAAAUGUGGAGAAAGCUUCCAUCAGAAAACAGAUCUCACACAGCAUCAGAGCACACACACAGGGAAAAAACCCUACGAAUGUAAAGACUGUGAAAAAUCCUUCUUUGUGAAGUCCAACUACACUGAACAUCAGAGAACUCACACAGGAGAAAAACCAUAUGAAUGUAAUGAAUGUGGAAAGUCCUUCUGCCAGAAAUCAGCCCUCACAGUACAUCAGAGAACUCACACGGGAGAGAAACCAUAUAAAUGUAAUGAAUGUGCGAAAACCUUCUGUGUGAAAUCAAACCUUACUCAACAUCAAAGGACUCACACAGGUGAGAAACCCUAUAAAUGUAAUGAAUGCUGGAGAUCUUUCUGUGUGAAAUCCAACCUUGUCGUGCAUCAGAGAACUCAUACAGGAGAAAAACCCUACAGAUGUCCUGAGUGUGGGAAAACCUUCUAUGAAAAGUCAGCCCUCACAAAACAUGAGCGAAUUCACACAGGGGAAAAACCCUAUGAAUGUAAUGAAUGUAGAAAAAACUUCAGCCAGAGGUCAGCCCUCACCAAACAUCAAAGGAAAACACACAAGAAGAAAAUUCCCAUCAACACCUUCCAUGUGCCGAAACCUGCGUCUUCAAGCCAAAUUUGUUGAACAUCAGCAAAAUCAUAGGGCAGAAACCCUAAGGUGUUAACACAUCUAGGAAAGUAUUUAUUUAUAGGUUAUAAUGAAUAGGAAUUAGAAAAUUAACAUAGGAGUGAAACCACAUGAAUUCUUUGAACAUGUAAACCCUUUCAGCAAGCAUUCAGAGCUGUUGAGAAAAAAUUAAUUUGAGAUACAUGAAUAAAAAAAGUUUUUGUGCAUAAAUUGUUUAAGUAGAAGUCAUAUUUCAGAUGUAAUAUCAGGCUAAUUUUAAAAAGAACAGAAAAUGUCAUGUUCUUAAUAGAAUGUGAAACAUGAUCCUUUUGUAAAACUGUGAAUUGUUUAAGUCAUUGACAAUAGUGUUAUAUAUGUGUGAAGAUUUCCUGAAGUAUAUUGGGCUAUACAUACAGUUACAUAGGAUAUGAGUGUGCUGUAUAACAUAAAUUAUGUGUAUGUUGGAUUUGUACAUGGGAACCCAUCAUUGUCUCUGAAUCAUAAAAAUCCAAUAUAUUUUAUAAGUAAAAAUUGAAAGUCACAUAACCUGUGGCCCAACAAUUCUAAUUCUAGAUGCAUACCAUAAAACAGUAGUUCUCAACUGGUCUUCUUAAAGUGUGUUUGGAAAUAAGUUGUUUUGAUUGCCAACGUGACUGACAUGCUAUAUAGGCUCUUGGUAGCUGGGAGGCCAGAGGUGCCAAAUUCCCUGCACUGUGUCAGUGGAAGGACAGGAAAUAGUCUUAUCCAGAAUACCAGUAUCUUUACCACACACACAAAAAUUGCUCUAGAAACUCUUGCACAUCUGCACCCACAAAUUUGUACAAGAUUAACUGUAACAUUGCAAUAGUUUUUGUUAAAAAAAAUUUUAAAGAAAAUAUCCAAAUGUUGAUUAACAAUAAACUAAAUUAAUAAAUGUGGGAAUAGUCAUACAGUACCAAUAAUAUACAUCAAUGAAAAUGAAUGAAACUCUAUCAGAUACAUUAACAUGGUUAUAUCUUAAAGUGAUGUUGAAUGAAAAAAGGGAAACUAUAGAUACUAUGUUAUUUUAUUUAUAUAAAAGAGUACAUUGUUCAGGAAUACGUAUAUAAUUAGCAAAAUUAGAAAGGAAAGCAAGUGGAUGAUUAACACAAAAUCUACAAUAUCAAUUACUUUGUGGAGGAAGAAUGUGGGCUUAUAUUUAGGGAGAGAAAAGAGAGAUUCAUGUUUCUUAAAUGGGUUAUGGAUACACAGAUAUUUCUUUUAUUUUUAUUUAUAUUAUGCAUAUGAGUACUUAUAUUUACAUGUAUAUCUGUUAAUAGAAUAUCUUAUUUUCAAGAAAAGGCUUAAAAUGAUUGCAUUAGGACAUUAACAAAGGUGAUGUUUUAUAGUAAGAAUUAUAGUUAAGAUUUUUUUUACAUUCAUCUAUUUUUCUGUAGUUCAAAUCUCUUUAAUGACUUUUUUCAAAUAUCCAUACCACUAGUCAUUUAGGUCUACCCUUGAUUUUAUUGAUUGUCUUUUUCCAUUUGUUUCCUAGUAGAAUUUCUCCUAAAUUUUUUAAAUGAUAAAGUGACCACUGACCAAGUUAGAAAAAGUAAGGAAAGUGGAAAAGAAAAUCAAAGUACAGUAUACUAUAGACAAGUAAAAAUGAAAAAGAAUCAACAAUAAAACCUAUCACAACUAAUAUGAACAAAUUGAAUUUCUACAUCAAAGACAGAGGUAGUUUAACAGUGACUUAGAAAACUUAAUCCAACUAUGUAUGACUUGUAAAAAAAAAAGUACCUAAAACCAGGGGACAAAGGGAGUUUGAAGUUUAAGGGAUGACAAAAAUAGAUUCAGGGUUUUUUAACAUUUAUCCACUAAAGCAUGACAACAUAAAGGUAAGUCCUGUGAUUACCUUGUUUAACCAAACGUUCAUGGAGUUGUAGUCUAGGGGAUAGGAUGGAUGUUAAAAGUUGUGGCAGGGUGUGCCAAUCGCCCUGCAGUAGCCAUGGUCCCCUUCUUCCUUUAAUAGUAGAACUCCCUAGUGAAUAUUGGCAGGGCAUAUGGCCACCCAACUAUACAUUUCCUAUCCUACUUUGCUACCAGAAAAAAAAAAGAAGAAAAUGGCACCUACUUGCCCAUUGUAACUCUUACUUGGAUUAUUGGGAGAGUGUAGACAUUUAUUUCCAAUGGAUUUAUUGAGAAUUUAUUCUCCUUUGAAUAACAACAAAAACCUGAAGGCCACCAAAUAUACAAUAAUAAGGGAUUGACUAAAGAAAUUAUCACAUAUCCAAAGGACAGAAUAUCUUGCUAUUCAUUAAUAAUAGAAAAGUCUCAUAUGGGGAGACCAAAGCACAGAGGUUAAUUUGCUCAAGAUCAUACACCUAGUAAGACAUAGAGCCAGGAUUUGAGUCUGGGUAGUCUGGCCCCAGAGUCUGUGCUCCUAACCAUUAGCUUCUUCACUGCUCAUCAAAAAUUAUUGUGUAGGGGAAAAUCCACCGACAGAAAAAUAUGUUCAUGUUAUGUUUCAUUUGUAUCUUCAGCUAAUAUUUCUAACCCUUCAAGGUCUGAGAAUCCACAGGAAACUGGAAAGGGCAGGGCAGGGAAGGGGCUUUCAGGCAUGUCUGUCUUUUUUAUUGGUGGUGCUCUCUUCAUUGUCAUUUCUAGUGAGAAAGUUUUAAAGAUACUUUGUUUUGGUUUUAUUUGUAAUGAUGAACAGCACACUGAGAAUGGGGCAACUUCUAAUCUUGACAUUGCCUCUAACCAAUUGGUGACCUAGUCUAGCCUAAUUUUAUUAAUCUUUAAGUUGAGGUAUAUUUAGAUAAUACUAUAAUGCUUUUCCAUUUUUAUUGUUCUGAACUUUGUUGUCAAUCUAUAGGGCAAUCAGCACAUCCUUAGAGGCCAAAGGCAAUGAUGGAUAUGGUGUGAGUAAAAGGCCAGCUCAGAUCUGGAAAGAAUGAGUGGAGAGUAAAGAAAGCAUGUGUCUUUAGAGGAGAUUGAGAUUUAAUUUUCUCAGCUGGGCCUGCUGACUCCCUCUUGUCUUGAGUGUGCCCUCACGGAGAUCCAAUAAGCCUUUUCUUGUGGAAUCUGCCCCCUGCCAAGCCCCUCAGCUUAGCUUCCUGUUUCAAGAAUUGCCCUGAAACUUUCAUUGGCAAACAACCAAAGUGGUGUCUGCAUGGGGUAACACCAUGCUUUGUACACUCUGAACAGAAGGGUCAAAAAUUGCUUAUAGCUCAGCUCCUUGCCUGGGGCUCUUCAACCCCUGCCUAGAGCUCUGGAAAGGGCAGGGCAGGGAAGGGGCUUUCAGGUAUGUCUGUCUUUUCUGAAUUUCUAUAACUGAAUUUCUGUUCCUGGAGUCUUGUCCUCCUAACACACAAGACCCAUUGCAUUCACAUGGAAUCAGUAUCUGGGCCCAAAGCAUAGCUUCGAUUUAGACAGGACCUUCCACCUGAUGACCAAUAUCUGUCUCUGAUGGUACCCACUGGUCCCUGAAUCUCACACUGGCUUCUGGUAAACUCAAACCAGGGGUGCUAAGAACAAAUACAGGCCAGAGAGUACAUAAGCCAUCCUGAAGCUGCAGAAAUAUAGUGUGCUCCCAAACACCAAAGAAACAUCAAGAAAUCCUGGGCCCAGGAGGCUGAAAUCCAUUUUAAUUCAACAUUUAUUUAUUGGAGUCACUAAGGUCAUUUUGUAGCAUUGAGUGCUGUGAAGAAUUCAAAGACCAUUAACAUCCAAGUCUGGGUUUUAGGCAAAAUGGCGUACUGGGGAAGCACAACAUGGGAUGGAAAGCAGUUCUGGGAUUUAACCCCAGCACUUCCGCCACCUACCGGUUGAUGUUGGAUGACUGACUUCACUUCUCUGAGCAUCCAUUUUCUUAUUAAAAUAAAGAUGACAUAAAAAUAAUAAGAUAUCAAUACUAACUUCACAAUAAAUAUGUUCAUUGGUACACUUAAUUAAAAUAAUCUAGCAAAGUAUCUUGUUUAAUAGAAGUAAUGGCUUUUAUUAGGAUCUUGUUAUGCAGCAAGCAAGGGAAUACAUGCCGUAUCACAUUUAAUCUCCAAAACAGGCCUACAAGAUAAGUUCUCUUUCCAUGCUCAUCUUAAAGAUGAGGAAAACAAGGCUGAUAGAUAUUCCUUAAAAAUUACUGGAGUUAGGCCAGGUACAGUGGCUCAUGCCUGUAAUCCCAGCACUUUCGGAGACCAAGGCGGAUGGAUCACCUAAGUCAGGAGUUCGAGACCAGCAUGACCAACAUGGUGAAACCCGUCUCUACUAAAAAUACAAAAAUUAUCCAGGCAUGAUAAUGUGUGCCUGUAAUCCCACUUACUCUGGAGGCUGAGACAGGAGAAUCGCUUGAACUCAGGAGGUGGAGGUCACAGUGAGCCAAGAUCAUACCACUGCACUCCAGCCUGGGCAACAGAGCGAGGCUUUGUCUCAAAAAAUCAAAAAAUUACUGGAGUUAUAGAGAAUCCCAAAUCCCAUGGAGACCCUCACUUGCACUCUCUGGCAUUUACAUUACUGAACUUUGUUACAUCAGUUUGCAUGCUCCUUACCUCUUCCAAAUCAGCACAAAAUAUUCAUGCUCUUCUUAGUUGCUCUCAAGGAACUUAUCUCUUAGUGGCCACGCCACACUUGUCAAGAGCAGAGUUGCUAGAAUCAUCUCUUGUGCCCUUUGACGCACAUUCCUGGCCUCCCAUUGAGCACCCUGUUCCAGAAAAAGAAGGAAAUGCCUGCUCUCCAGCCCUGAAACCAGCAGAUAUGGAGCCAAGGCCUUCUCUUGCCCACCAUUCCCUUGAGACCAAGUCCAGGACAGAGUGGGAACACUUCAUAAGAUUCCUCAAUGUUUUGUUUCUACCUUACAAGAGCACAAGUCAAUUCCACCUGACAUUCUCCCCCUUCCACCCCAAAUCUCUCUGCAAGGUCCUUUUCGAGGCACUUUCAGUUUGGUUCCUAGGACCAAUGCUUUGGACGAACAAAGAUGUGGAGUCUCCCCUAUAAGGCUGUAGACAGAGCGAGAGCAACCUGUUUCCCUAAAAUGGAACUGCACAUGUGCAGAAGGAGCUGCUGAACAUCUGUCCCUGGUGACUUCCUCUGGGUAAUGCAAGACCCCAUUUCCCAUAAAUUUCUGUGGCACCUUUAUUUGUGAUUAUGCAAGAGUUUCUGCUUCAUUGAGUACACUAAAUGCUUGCUCUCAAAGGUAAUUUUUUCCUGUCCCAUAAAUGCGUGAUUCUUUCAGUACCCACAGAGAUUAUAAUUAGAAAUGGUUUAAACACAAUCUGUGUGUGUGUGUGUGUGCGCGCGCGUGUGUGUGUGUAAAAUCUGCAAGUCAUCACAAGAUAUAAAUCAGUUUCAUCUGUUAAUAUACAUGAGACACUUAAAUAAAACUCUAGGAAAUAGAAUCCAACAAGGUACUGAAAGAAUAAUAACCAUAAUCAGUAGCAUUUCUUUUGGGAAUGCAAAAAAACAACAAAAACAAUCAUUCAAAAGGAAAGCGUUGGUCACCUUUGGAGGAUGCUUUGAAAACUGGAAAAUAAAGAGAAAGAACAAUGAAUUCUGCCUUUCCUUUGUGAACUGUUCCUCAGGGCAACCAAAUAAUUGUGAAGGGAAUGUUUCUCUUGCCAGAAGUAUUACAACUAGCAAAUGAAGAAAUCAUGUUAAAAUAAGUAUAUUACCAUUUUGUAAUCCCUAAUGCAUUAGUGGAGCUGGGCAAUGAUAUCAACAGCUGUUAACAUUAAAAAAAGAAAAAAGUGAGAGGCCAGGCACAAUGGCUUAUACCUGUAAUCCUAGCACUCUGGGAGGCCAAGGCAGGUGAAUCACUUGAGGCCAAGAAUUCGAGACAAGCCUGGGCAACAUGGCAAAAUACUGUCUGUACUAAAAAUACAAAAAAAGAAAAAGAUAGCUGGGUGUGGUGGUGCAUGCCUGUGGUCUCAGCUGCUUGGGAGGCUGAGAUGGGAAAACCAGCUGAGCCCAGGAAGUCAAGGCUGCAGUGAGCCAAGGCCACUGUACUCUAGCCUUGGCUACAGAUGUCUCAUAAAAAGAUGUUUCAACAAAAGUGGGGGAAGCAACAAUAAUUAUGCACCUUCUGAUGAAAGAAUGCACCACCAUAUAUUCAUGUUCAAAACUUGCAUCUAAAUCUGAUCGAGGCUGGGUGCGGUGGUUCUCACCUGUAAUCUGAGCACUUUGGGAGGCUGAGGUGGGUGGAUCACCUGAGGUCAGGAGUUUGAGACCAGCCUGGCCAACACGGUGAAACCCUGUCUCUACCAAAAAUACAAAAAUUGGCCAGGUGUGGUGGCGAGUGCCUGUAGUUCCAGCUACUCAGGAGGCUCAGGCUGAAGAAUCCUUGAAUCUGGGAGGCAGAGGUUACAGUGAGCCAAGAUCAUACCACUGCAACUCCAGCCUGGAUGACAGAGCAAGAUUCCAUUAUAAAUAAAUGAAUGAAUGAAUAAAUCUGAUCAAGCCUCUGGUACCAAUUUACAUGAAAUGGCAGGAACAAAAGAACAUGUUAUGUUGCAUGACUUCUCAGAGAUGCAAUCAGCAAGCAUAGAUUGUGGUACAGUAGGGCAAAGGAUCUGGUUUCUUAACAAAUUAAAAGGGGAAUAGGAGAAGCAACUGAAUAAUAUAUAGAUUUUAAAGCUGAGGAGAUCUUGACACAUUCUGAUACAAGGAGGAGGAACUUCAUUCCCUCCCCUUGAGUAAGGGCUGGACUUGGUGACUUACUUUUGGUAAACAGAGUGUGGAAAGAGGAAAAUGUUACCUUCAUAGUGAAGAGACCUGGCAGACAUUGCCAUAACCAAGUGAUCAGGUUAACGAAUGCAUCCAUUCAAAAGAAGCAGCGACACUCCACUCCAGCCUGCCACAGACUAAGACUCCAUCAGAAAAACAAAAAAGAAAAGAAAUGUCGGAUAAUCUCACCUCCCAGAAAUAAUAAUGUUUAACGUGGUUGUUUUUUUAAAAUCUGGAAUUAUUAAAGAACUAUGUCUUAUGAUUAUCUCUUCACUCAGCAAUAUACUUUUACAAUGUAACUGUCUCACAUGACUUUAACACUCAGAUAGGGAAAUAAGCUCCCAUUCAAAAGCAUAGCAAACAUAAAUAUACCUAGGCGAAGCACCAGAGGAUAGAAACAGGUGAUUUGCAGAAUGAGAACUCUCAAAAGCUAACAGUCAUAUGAGCGGUGCUCACAAAUGUUAAUAAUCCAGGAAAUGCAAAUUCGUGCAGCAAUGAGAUAUAAUUUUAGACCUGUUAGAUUGGCAAAUAUUAGGAAGCUCAGUAAAGCUGCAUGUAGGGGUGUGUGGGGUACAGCAACCUCACGCACUGACCUCCUAAUUGGACAAACUGAAGAAUCCCCCAGUGUGUAUGGCUUGAUGGAAGGCAGGCUCCAGCUUCCACCAGGGAUGCUGCAGGAUGCGGUAUAUUUCCUUUCCACGCCUGCUGACAGGCAGGGCCUGGGCACACUCUCUGCGACUGACCACUCAGGUGAGCCUUUCUGAGACUUUGAAUCAGGGGCUAAAGAUACAAAGACAUCAGAAAAGUGAGCGAUUCUUCCCAGAAGAAGCAGCGGACUCCAGAGCCCAGCAGAAUGGCUGUGGGUGUCCAGUGGUGUUGGUGCCUGUGGCAGAGUCCUCCCAGGACUGCUUCUGUGCCUGCCUUAUCAGUAUUCUUCCCAGCUUGGAGACCCUGGGUCCCCAUCCAGGACUGCUCAGUUCUUCAGCUUUCAGGAAGAUGGAGCAAACACACUUCUCCCUAUUCCUCCCAGUAAGGAAAACUAAAACUCUGGACAUUUGGGAAAUUUUCAGUCAUUAUUUCUUCGAAUACCUUUUCAUCCUCGUCUUCUUUCUCUUCUUCUGCAACUCCGAUGAUACAAACAUUGGACUUUGUGAUAGUCUCACAGGUCCCUGAAGCUCCGUUCAUGUUUUUCAAUUUAUUUUUUCUCUGUUUUUCAGUCUGGGUAGUUUCUCUAGUUACAGCUCCCAGUUCAGUGACUUUUUUCCUCUGUCUCCUCCAUUUGGCUAUUGAGUCCAUCCAUUUAUUUCGGUUAUUGUAUUUUUUAAAUAAAUUUAGUUUGUAUAUAAAGCAGAUGUAAGAAUAUUCUGAAAAGUGGAAAAAAGAAGGCAGACCAGCUAGGAACCGUGGGACAGAGUAGGGUGUUCUCCGGGCUUUCAUUUUGCUUCAUGUAUCUGGGCUUUCAUUUUCUUCAGUUCUAUGUGAAGCCUUCAUGUAGGGAGGGCUUCACGUAGAACUGAAGAAACUGGCGAUCUGGAAACUGCAGUGUUUGAGAUGCAGGAAAAGGCCCCACAAAAGCCUCCUCCCUCUAGACAAAGCAAAGACAAAACAGAAAGCAGAAAAGGGGCAGCCUCACAAGAUAGAAAACUUUAAUAUAACCUCUCUACUCCAGCCAAACACCACAGAAAAACACUGUGGCCCCCACCCACACUCACACAAGCAAAGGCAGGGUGGAGAUCCUAGAAUUCUACCCACCCCAGGCCGUAAAGAGGCACCCCAACUCUCCCCCAUGGGCUCCCUGCAAUAUCAGUGAAGACAAUGGGGGAGCCUGGGCUUCCACUCCCAUCCAGCAAUAAUGAGGUGCCCCUCUCCACUCUGCUGGGGCAGUGUCCCAGAAAACCCACAGGAGGGUCAUUACCCACUAGUGGUAAUGAGGCCACCACCUCCUGUAGUGUCAGUAGAGACCGCUUGGGGAGCAGUCACAAGGCACCCCACCCAACUGCCCCACACGUCAGGGAGGUCUUAGUAGAGGCCUAAGGAGAAGCUGGAAUUCCCAUUCCCACCACCAGUAAUGAGGAGAGAAAAGAAAGAGGGCGAAAUGAAAUGAAAUGUCAAGAAUGAAAUGGGAUAUCGCUGCAGACUCUGUAUACAUCAGAAGGAUAGUAGGGGAAUACUACAAACAACUCUACCCACAUACAUUUGACAGCUUAGGUUAAACAGGCCAAUUCCCCAAAAACUUCAA